CAGUGUUUCCGUUGUUAUGGUUCAGAAGCAACUCUAAACAGCUGGGUUUAUAGACUAGAUUUAAGGGAAUUCAGUGCAUCAGUUGUUUUGCAGCUUUCCAGAAGAUUGCUACAGAUUUCUGGUGCAUAGAAGCUGAAUGCUGCUUUAUCUGUUUUACAGUCAAAUCAAACCUCCCACACCUGUGUGUUCUGGGAUUCCUCUAACGAAGGAGGUGCGUGGUCUGAUCGCGGCUGCAGGGUGGCGGACUCCAACCCAGAAUACACUAUGUGUUCCUGUAAUCACCUGGGCAGCUUUGCUGUACUCGUGGCCCUCUAUGACAUAGAGAGCCCUUUUGAGUUGCAGCUGAUCUCCUGGAUAGGCCUAUCCCUUUCAUUAAUUUGCCUGUUCCUCUGCAUCCUGACCUUCUCACUGAUCCGGUCCAUCAAAAGCCCAAGAACAACCAUCCACCUGCACCUCUGCAUCAGCCUCUUUAUUGCAACUCUUGUCUUUCUCGCAGGCAUCUCUCAGACACAGAACAAGGUUGGCUGUGCAGUAGUUGCAGGGAUGCUGCACUUCUUCUACCUGGCCUCAUUCUGCUGGAUGUGUCUGGAGGGAAUCCAGCUCUUCAGGAUGGUGAUUCUGGUCUUCAACACCAACUUUAAAACCAGCUACAUGAUGGCAGGGGGCUACGGAGUUCCAGCCAUAAUUGUUACCAUUUCUGCAUUGGUCAAUGCUAAUGGAUACGGUGCUAAAAAAGUAUGCUGGUUGAACCUGGAUUACAUUUGGAGUUUCAUUGGUCCCGCCUUUGUCUUCAUUAUUAUAAACACAUUCCUUUUUCUUAUCACUGUGUGGACGUUGGUACAGAAGUUUUCAAGUUUAAACCCAGACCUGGACAGCUUGCACAAAAUAAAAGCUUUUGCUGUUACUGCGGUCUAUCAGCUGUGCAUAUUCCGCACCAUGUGGAUAUUCAGCAGUUUCCACCUGAAAAGAGACGAUGCGUCCAUGGAUUAUCUGUUCACCAUUUUCAGCCUUCAGGGCGUUUUGCUUUUUAUUAUCCAUUGUCUGUUUUCAAAACAGGUGAGGGACGAGUAUGGAAGCUUUUUUUCUCGAUGUUCAGCUUGGAAAAGGAGUCAAGCACAUGCAUCCAGACAAAACCUGGACACAGGAGAGCCUAACAUCAGGAAAAGAACCCAUAACCUGUAACCUGUAACUAAAGUUCAGAAGACUGAUAGUUCUGACAAUUAACAUUGGUUUUGUACUUCAUCAUAGAGUAAACAAGCAAGUAAAUUUUGGUAUUUUGAAAAUAAGUCUCAUUUCUUCAUAGUCAUUUUCAAUUGUCUCAGUCAUUCUUCUCUGGCAACGCCUUAUUUGUUUACGUCCGGUCGUUCAACUCAAACAUGACCUUAUGUUCUAACGCCUUCUCUUAAAAAAAGAGGAAAUGGGAUGUGGGUGGAAAAAAAACAGAACUUUGAGGCUCAAAGACCAAUGUACAUCAGAUCUGAAAGUAUCUGACAGUAUCUGAAAGUCAUGUCUUGACAACAGACUGACAUGCAUGCACCACCCUGUAGCUGAUCAUGUUUUCAGAUAAACGAACUCUGGCAUUCGUCGUGAUGCUGCCGACAAAUUGUGUCGUAUUUGGUAUUUGUUUAAUGAUUCAGUACAUAAAAGAGAACAAGUUGUACCGUUAUGAUUAGCUGUUAGUACCAAACAGCCUUAAAGAUCUAAUUUUAGAAUAGGUUGUUUGACCAGUUCUCCAUUUUGUAUUUCAUGAGUGUUUCAUCCAUUGGGUUCAGGUUUUCAUUGACUGGUCAAACAGACCUAAAAUGGUACUCAGCAGAAAAGGAGUGAAGAAGAAACCCGUGUCCCCACAAAAACUCUAACAGACUUUCAGAAACCCUGGAGAAAAGUGGCUUGAAACCUAUAGAAAUACAAGAAAUCCUGACUGGUUGGGAGCAAAACAGAAAGAAAUUAGAUACUGUUGAAUACUAUUGGAUAACGGACUACAUUAGCCAUUAAAAUUUGUGUUUUAAGGAGUUAUAUGCUAUAUAGGCUUUCGUUUGUUUUUGUUACAAAAAUCUGUAUUAAUGUAUUAGUGACAUACUGUUUAUGUUGUUUUGUUUCGCUUAUGUCACUGCCGCUCGUAUAUAUUAACAAAUAUGAUUAAAAUGAUUUAAA